UUAUUAGUGUUUGGCGUUGUGGUUAUAUUUUGGCUAGAAAGUAGUUUGGUUGAAGAGAGAGGCUGGGCAGUGGCUUGCAAGCUGUUAGGUCAGUGUGUUUAUCAGUGUUUAGAUUCGCGACUAAUUAUUUUGGAUAGAAGGGUUGCUGAUUGUUGGACUGUUGGAGCUAGGAACACAAGCAUUUUGUUACACCUGCAAUAACUUUUAAAAAUGAUUUUGUAUUAUUUUAUUUCACCUUUAUUUAACCAGGUAAAGUAGUUGAGAACAAGUUCUCAUUUACAACUGCGACCUGGCCAAGAUGAAGCAAAGCAGUGCGACACAAACAACAACACAGAGUUACACAUGGAAUAAACAAGCGUACAGUCAAUAACACAAUAGAAAAAAAGAUAGUCUAUAUACAGUGUGUGCAAAUGGCGUGAGGAGGUAAGGUAAUAAAUAGGCCGUAGUAGCAAAGUAAUUACAAUUUAGCGGAUUAAUACUGGAAUGAUAGAUGAGCAGAUGAUGAUGAGCAGAUGAUGGUGCGUAAGUAGUGAUACUGGUGUGCAAAAGAGCCACGAAGUAAAUAAAAACAAUAUGGGGGAUGAGGUAGGUAGAUUGGGUGGGCAAUUUACAGAUGGACUAUGUACAGCUGCAGCGAUCGGUUAUCUGCUCAGAUAGCUGAUGCUUAAAUUUAGUGAGGGAAAUGUAAGUCUCCAGCUUCAGAGAUUUUUGCAAUUCGUUCCAGUCACUGGCAGCAGAGAACUGGAAGGAAAGGCAGCCAAAGGAAGUGUCAGCUUUGGGGACGACCAGUGAGAUAUACCUGCUGGAGCGCGUGCUACGGGUGGGUGUUGUUAUCGUGACCAGUGAACUGAGAUAAGGCGGAGCUUUACCUAGCAUAGACUUAUAGAUGACCUGGAGCCAGUGGGUUUGGCGACGAAUAUGUAGCGAGGGCCAGCCGACUAGAGCAUACAGGUCGCAGUGGUGGGUGGUAUAAGGGGCUUUGGUGACAAAACGGAUGGCACUGUGAUAGACUGCAUCCAGUUUGCUGAGUAGAGUAUUGGAAGCUAUUUUGUAAAUGACAUCGCCGAAGUCGAGGAUCGGUCGGAAAGUCAGUUUUACGAGGAUCUGUGACCAAUACAUUUUGAUUUGAUUUGACUGUUAAUGUGAUACAAUUUCUCUGGCUAGACGUUGCUGUUUGGCUAGCGGUCAGUCAGUGGCCCUAUUUUGGUGGUUUGUUUGGAGUGCUGAUGUUUUAUGGGCAUCGUUGUGAUACAGUUAGACGAUGAUGACUGAAGAGGAGACUACUUCCUGUGAUGUCAUCAUGACAGCUGUCAAAGAAGACUCACAUGAGAGGAUCAUGUCCAGACAAGACCAAGAGGAAAAGCUCACUAUUACAGACUGGUACAGUAUGUGUGUGACUCUCCAGCAGCAGGAGCUGAGGCUGUCUGAGGGCUCUUGUAGGCCUCCAGGCCAAGCCCAGUCCUUCCUGGCCCAGCAGAGGCAGUCCACCCAGGCCAGGAGCAGGAGAGGCAUGGGGCUCUCUCCCAAGCUACAGCCCAGAUAGGAGGGAGAGAUGGAGGGAGAGGUCCCUCUGUUGAGGGUGGUGGGAUUGACACUGGAUGGACAAGGAACGUUGGAAGAGGAUGUUGAUGGGAUUUUUGUGGCUGUUUAAAAAAAUAUUGGAUGUUAAAAAAACUAUUUUAUGUAACAUUGGCGCCACCUGCUGGUCGAAUGGUAUUGGUGUUCGUUUUUUGUCCAUCUCAGUUUGAAUCUAAAAGUUAAAGGAAUAGAUAGGACAGUAAAGGACCAUCACUAUUACAAUGUGUUGCCAAUGGAUUUUUGUGCUUUGAAUA